GGUUGGCCGGGGGCGGGCGUUAGUAGUGAAGCUCCGGGCCGCUGCUGACUCUGCCUCUUUCCGCCUCAGCUGCAGGAGAAGGAAGCCGCGUUGGUGAGGAAGCCGGGCAAGGCCUCGCUGAGUCAAUAUCGCCAGCAUGUCGAAGUCUGAGGGAUCGUCCGAUUACGGGUGCGAUAUGUCUCCUAACGAAUCCCCGAAGGAGCCUGAACAGCUGCGCAAACUGUUUAUUGGGGGCCUCAGUUUUGAGACAACAGAUGAGAGCCUUCGCAAUCAUUUCGAGCAAUGGGGGACACUUACAGAUUGUGUGGUGAUGAGAGAUCCCAAUACUAAGCGCUCCAGGGGCUUUGGAUUUGUCACAUACUCAACAGUGGAAGAGGUUGAUGCUGCCAUGAAUGCCAGGCCACACAAAGUUGAUGGUAGAGUUGUCGAACCAAAAAGAGCUGUAUCCAGAGAGGACUCUCAAAGGCCUGGAGCCCACUUGACUGUGAAGAAAAUCUUUGUUGGGGGAAUUAAGGAAGACACAGAGGAACACCAUCUGAGGGACUAUUUUGAACAGUAUGGCAAAAUUGAAGUCAUUGAGAUAAUGACAGACCGUGGCAGUGGCAAGAAAAGAGGUUUUGCCUUUGUUACUUUUGAUGACCAUGACUCUGUGGACAAGAUUGUCAUUCAGAAAUACCAUACUGUGAACGGGCAUAACUGUGAAGUCAGGAAAGCUUUGUCAAAACAGGAAAUGGCCAGUGCCUCUUCAAGCCAAAGAGGACGCAGUAGCUCUGGCAGUUUUAGCAAUGGCCGUGGUAGUAGUUUCAGUGGCGGUGACAACUUCAAUCGUGGCAGCAGCUUUGGAGGCCGUGGUGGGUUUGGCAGCCGAAGUGGAGGUGGCGGAAGCGGCGGCGGAGGAUAUGGAGGCAGUGGAGAUGGCUAUAAUGGGUUUGGCAAUGAUGGAUAUGGAGGCAGUGGCCCUGGAUACUCUGGAGGAAGCAGAGGUUAUGGCAGCAGUGGCAGCUAUGAUGGCUAUAAUAACGGAGGCGGUGGCUUUGGUGGUGGCAGCGGCGGAAGCAACUUUGGAGGCGGUGGUGGAAACUACAAUGACUUUGGCAGUUACAACAACCAGUCUUCAAAUUUUGGCCCCAUGAAAGGAGGAAAUUUUGGUGGCAGGAGCUCUGGCCCAUAUGGCGGAAGUGGUGGUGGUGGUUAUGGUAGUUCUGGCAGUGGAGGUAGCUAUGGCGGUGGAAGGCGGUUCUAAUUCCUCGGAAACAAAGCUUUAGCAGGAGAGGAGAGCCAGAGAAGUGACAGGGAAGCUACAGGUUACCACAGUUGUGAACUCAGCCAAGCACAGUUGUGGCAGGGUAGAACUGCCUCAUGAAGACAUGUGUUAGACAAGCGCUUGUUUGCAAACAUCAGGACUGUAUUUGUGACUAACUGUAUAACAGGAUAUUUUAGUUUUUUUGUGUUCUGUGGAAAGUGCAAAGCAUUCCGACAAGGGUUUUUAUGUAGAUUAUUUUUUCCACACCAAUAAUGUUGACUGCUAACUGUAUUAGACUGAUCAUGACGCUGAAUAAAUGUGUCUCCUUUUUUUUAAA